GCCUUCAGAAGAAGCGCAGCUACUGCUGCGCAAAGUGCACGCGCAGUCACUCGCCAGCAAACAAGACGUCACGCACACCACGAAGCCCCGGCCGCCGGCAGCAUCAAGUACCCGGAAGAUGAGAAGCUCGGAAGCGGAUUCUUCAUGGCCAUGUCCCUUAUCCCGAUCGGCUACCUCAUGUACCAGUUCGCUGGUCCUGGCAAUUACGAACACAAGUACCUCACCCGCGUCAUCAACAGCUACGACCACUACCGCAAGGACGCAGCUCAUAUCGCCGCUCUUCACACCGACGCCCUUGAGCAGGCUGCUGCAGACCGUAACCUGUUUGCCAACACCCAGCGCGCCCAGAACGUUACGUUGAAGUUCCCCGAGUACGUCCGAGACAAGAACACUCCAGCAGCACAGCAUCAGGAAAGAAAGUCAAGAGAAGGACGCUAUAAUGCGAGAACAGACACACGGAACAUAUGCGAAGAGAAUUGGAAUGCUAACGAGAUUUGUCGGCAGNNGAUCCUCAACACUGGAGCCCCUCACAACGUGCCCGCCGGCCACUACGCCGACAUGUCACAAGUCAUUGCCAAGUUCGAGAAGGAGGCACAUGAGGCCAACGCAAAGAAGCUGCAGCAGAUCAAGGACAACGCUGUCCCCAGCGAGCACCCCUUCAAGGGCAACCUUCCCACUGGCGUCGAGACCGUGUUGAUGUAG